CUUGAUAGCGGGCUAACCAGAAGUUAUAAGACUUCUGGGUUCAUGCUCAUCUUCCAGAUUCCAACAGCGCAUAGUCAAAAAUCGAACUCAAUUUGACCAUCUACCUUCUAUUAUACCAUACUUGCAACUGCGUCGGCUCCAAACCAUGGCUGCUCAAAAUUCGUACUUUGUCCCCGGCUAUGGCAUCUCGCGAGCCGUUAUUCAGAACGAGAUUCGCUACCAUUGUGGUCCAGACGCCAUAGUCAGGCCAUACACCUUCCAGGGACGUGACGGCUUCCUUGUCUCAACUUUCGGGCCUCCAUUAAGCAAGGCACAAAUUGACGACUUGAAAAUGUCUUCUCUCGAAUACGAAGAGAAACAAUCGCGCAUAGGCGGCGAAUCGGAAGUCUUCGUAAAUGCGCCAAUCCCGAUAAAUCAAAGGGUACGACGAAGCCAGUGAAUAUCGACAUUGGAAUAUCGGAUACCACCAAUUUCCUUUUGUUGGCGCCGCGGCGGAGUUUUGAAGUCUGCAUUAUAUCCCAUUUUAUGUCGCAUACCUGGUCUGCGUUGGAGUCUCGCUGG